AUGGAGGUCACUGGGGUUCCCCGAAGCCGGAAAGACUUGGAGAGGAACCGCUCUCUGCUGGAAGUGCCUUGUGGUUUACAGUCCGCGCUUACACGAGGUAUCUACUCUAACAGAGACACAGCAACAGGAGUGGAAACAGAGUUCACCUGCUGUCACACAGCAGCAGGUGGAAGGGCCCCCGUCCAGGUCACAGCUCCACCCCCGGGACUCGCAGUGGCUGACGAGUGCAAAGUAGCUUCAGACCCUGCUGGCCUGGGCCCCUGUCGGGGCCACUGGAAGUCAGCCAUCAUUCUGAUGACGCAGCUGUGGUCUUCCAGCGUGGUCAUGAAGACCCAAGAGAUCAGUGGAGCCCACUCUCCGAAAAUAUGGUACCCGAACAGGUACAGGAGUACCAGUGGAGGGUUUCUGAGCCUGGAUCCCACCUCCCCAGCCUGGGAGAGCACACUCAAACCGGUGAAUGGAAGUGACCACGCCUUUCUGCAGACUUUCCCCGUGGGGAUCCUGAUCGUGUCCUUGCUAAGCCUCACCUUUGCCCUCGGUGGGCUGCUGGGAAACCUGAUCGCGUGGCUCCUGGGCUUCCGCGUGCGGAGGAACACCUUCUCCGUCUACAUCCUCAACCUGGCAGGAGCCGACUUCCUCUUCCUCUCCUUCCAGGUUGUCUAUUUCCUGGUGAUGCUUGUCAACUUCCAUUCCGUGUCCCUUUCCAUCCCCACGUUUUUCGUCUUCGUGUGGACCUUUGCCUACAUCGCAAGCCUGAGCCUUCUCAGUGCUAUUAGCACAGAGCGCUGCCUGUCAGUCCUGUGUCCCAUCUGGUACCACUGCCACCGCCCAAAACACACAUCAGCUAUGACGUGUGCCCUGCUCUGGGCCCUCUCCUUGCUGCUGAGCAUCCUGGAAGGGGAGUACUGUGGCUUCCUGUUUCGGGGUUUCGACGACAAUUGGUGUCGGGCGUUUGAUUUCAUGGCUGCCACCUGGCUGAUUUUCUUAUUUGUGCUUCUCUCUGGGUCCAGCCUGGCCCUGCUCAGCCAAUCGCUGUGUGGCCGCCAUCGGCUGCGGCUGACCAGGCUCUAUGCGACUGUGGCACUCACGGUACUGGUCUUCCUCCUCUGUGGCCUGCCCUUUGGCAUCCACUGGGUCCUCUUACACUGGAUUCUGAUACAGUCCUCGGAUACAGUCCUCAAGCAUCUUUAUCUGGUUGCUGUUCUCCUGUCCUGCCUCAACAGCUGUGUCAACCCCAUCAUUUACUUCUUCGUUGGCUCCUGUAGACAGCGGUGGGCUCAGCGGCACAGGACCCUCAAGAUGGUCCUGCAGAGGGCUCUGCAGGACCUAUCAGGAGGGGAUGAGAGUGAAGCCAGCCUUCCUCAGGAAACUCUGGAGAUGGCCGGAAGCAGUGUGGUGUUCUGA